UAAUGCAACAGGGGCGUCCCUUUGCUUUCCAUGACCGACUUUUAUCAGAAUUGAGUCCAAUGCUGACUCUUCAACGACUCUUAUAUAUAGCUAGAUGUUUGGAUGAUGAAUGAAGUGCCCCGGUUUCUCUGUAACUUUAACCUGUAGGAGAUGAAGGGACGUAUGAGCUCUUCUAAGGUGGAGAAGGAGGGAAGUGUGAAGGGAUUGUUUAGAUUUGCUGAUUGGUAUGAUAUUCUCCUGAUGAUUUUAGGAACUGUAGGGGCAGUGGGUGAUGGAUGCUCGACAAACUUCCUUCUGCUCUCUGCCAGCGGUGUCAUGAACAGCCUGGGGCAUGGAUUGCAGGUCCAGCACCAGCAGGACAACGGAGUUUUCAUGCCCGAGGUCGCGAAGUACUGUCUGUAUUUUGUCUAUACUGGAUUGGCAGUCUUGGGGUUGGCCUUUUUGGAGGGUUAUUGUUGGAGUAGGACAAGUGAGAGGCAGGUGCUGAGGAUUAGAUAUAAGUAUUUGGAGGCUGUUCUUAGGCAGGAGGUUGGUUUUUUUGAUUCUCAGGAAGCAACUACUUCAGAGAUCAUUAAUAGUAUAUCAAAGGACACUGCAGUCUUACAGGAGGUUCUAAGUGAGAAGGUGCCAAUAUUUCUGAUGAACACCUCAAGUUUCGUCUCAGGACUAGUAUUUUCUGCUUACUUCUCAUGGAGGCUCUCUCUAGUAGCCUUCCCCCUCGUCCUACUACUAAUCAUCCCUGGAAUCAUAUAUGGAAAGUCCCUUGUCCGACUUUCUCGCAAGUCUCAUGGAGAGUAUUUGAAAGCAAAUGCUAUAGUGGCUCAGGCUCUGAGCUCCAUCAAAACAGUCUAUUCCUUUACCGCAGAGAAAAGCAUUGUGGAGAAGUAUGCAGUCAUUUUGGAUAAGACUGUGAAGCUUGGCAUCAAGAAAGGGAUAGCGAAGGGGCUGGCAGUAGGAAGCACUGGGCUUUCUUUUGCUAUAUGGGGUUUCCUUGCUUGGUACGGUAGUAGGCUUGUCAUACACUAUGGGGAGAGUGGAGGAAGAAUUUACGCAGCUGGGGUUUCUUUUGUCUUGGGCGGACUAUCUCUUGGAAGAGCACUCCCAGAGGUGAAACACUUUGCUGAAGCAUCAGUAGCUGCAAAUUGUAUCCUAGAGAGAAUCAGUCGAACACCAGAGAUCAAUGCAGAAGACGCAAAGGGCCUGAUACUCGAUAACAUUCAGGGUGAAGUCAAAUUUGAGAGCAUCAACUUCUCUUACCCAUCGAGGCCUCAGUCAAUGAUCCUUAAGGAAUUUAACCUCAGGAUUCCUGCAGGACAGAGUGUUGCACUUGUAGGCACCAGUGGAAGUGGGAAGUCCACUGUCAUUGCAUUGCUGCAGCGUUUCUAUGAUGUGGGUGAGGGUGCAGUGAAAAUUGAUGGUGUUGAUAUUAAGAAGAUAAAAUUGAAUUGGAUUCGGGAGAAGAUGGGGCUUGUGAGUCAAGAUCAUGGACUGUUUGGGACAUCGAUAAAGGAGAACAUUGUUCUAGGGAAGCCUGAUGCUACCAUGGAUGAGAUUUACGCAGCAGCAAUGACUGCGAAUGCCCACAAUUUCAUAAGACAGCUUCCUGAGGGAUACGAUACAAAGGUAGGGGAACGUGGAUCGUUACUAUCAGGUGGGCAGAAACAGAGAAUUGCAAUUGCAAGAGCCAUCAUCAAGAACCCUAUAAUCCUUCUCCUUGAUGAGGCCACUAGUGCCCUUGACUCUGAAUCAGAAAAGCUUGUGCAGAAUGCCCUUGAUCAAGCUUCUAUCGGCAGAACAACAUUGGUUGUAGCUCACAAGCUCUCCACAAUCAAGAGUGCAGAUCAGAUUGCAGUUGUUGAUGGUGGCACAAUCGUAGAGAUUGGUGCUCAUGAUGAUCUCAUCAGAAACAGUAACAGUCACUACUCGAGACUUGUAAGACUUCAAAGACUAGCAAGUUCCAUGGAUCCAGAACCUGCUCUUGACUCAUACAGGCCAUCUUCAGCAGUGUGUAGCAGUGCAAGCCGUCUUAGCCUGACCAAAGCCAGUCCAGCCUCAUUCGUAUCAAAUGAAGAUCAACCAAUCAUCUCCCAUCCUGCCCCAUCCUUCUUCAGGCUUCUCUCCAUGAACUCAACAGAGUGGAAGCAGGCUCUAACCGGUAGCCUCUCAGCAAUAAUCUUUGGUUCAAUACAACCAGUCUAUGCCUUCACAAUUGGUGGCAUGAUUGCAGCAUUCUAUCUCCAAGACCACAACAAAAUGCAAGCCAUAAUCCAUCGUUACUCUCUAAUUUUCACCUUACUUUCUCUUGUUUCCAUCCUCACUAAUCUCUCCCAGCAUUACAAUUUUGCUUACAUGGGCGAGCAUCUAACCAGAAGGAUCAGACUCCAAGUUCUUGACAAAAUCCUAACAUUUGAACCUGCCUGGUUCGAUGAAGGGCAGAACUCGAGUGGUGCAUUGUGUUCGAGGCUCAGCAAUGAAGCCGCUCUGGUUAAGACUCUUGUUGCAGAUCGUGUAUCUUUAAUAGUACAAACAGCAUCAGGACUUAUCAUCGCCAUGACGAUGGGGCUAGUUGUUGCGUGGAAACUUGCAUUGGUCAUGAUAGCUAUCCAACCAUUGACCAUCUUAUGCUACUAUGCUAAAAAAGUUGUUCUGUCUAAUGUUUCAGUAGAAUUAGCUAGAGCUCAGAAUCUAAGCACGCAGAUCGCGGUAGAGGCUGUUUACAAUCACAAAAUGGUUACUGCAUUUGGAUGUGCGGGGAAAGUUCUUCAGCUAUUUGAAGAAGCUCAGGAGGAUCCAUUAAGGGCAGCGAGGAAGAAAUCAUGGGUGGCAGGGAUUGCAAUGGGAUGCUCUCCUUGCUUAUCCUUUAUGUCAUGGGGACUAGAUUUCUGGUAUGGAGGGAAACUGGCUGAGGCCGGAGAGAUAUCAGCCGGGGAUGUUUUUAAGACCUUCUUCAUCUUAGUGAGCACAGGGAAGGUAAUUGCUGAAGCGGGAAGCAUGACUUCAGAUCUUGCUAAAGGAGCAACAGCGGUUGCUUCUGUGUUUGAGAUGUUGGACAGGAACAGCCUAAUCCCUCGUUCUUCUAAUGUGAGUGAUACUAGCGAGAACAAGUUACGAAAAGUACAAGGGAGGAUCGAGAUCAAGAGAGUAGACUUCGCAUACCCAAGUCGACCACAGUGUUUAGUGCUGCGACAAUUUAGCCUAGAAGUGAAGGCUGGCUCGAGCAUUGGACUAGUCGGGAUGAGUGGGUGUGGGAAAUCAACAGUCAUUGGAUUGAUUCAGAGGUUCUAUGACGUUGAAAGAGGUGUUGUUAGAAUUGAUGGGAUGGACAUAAGAGCGUUAGACGUUAUUUGGUAUCGAGGAUUCACUGCUCUUGUUAGCCAAGAGCCGGUUAUAUUUUCAGGCAGUGUUCGGGAGAAUAUAGCUUUUGGGAAGCCAGAAGCAGGUGAAGAGGAGAUUGUGGAGGCUGCGAAGGCAGCAAAUGCGCAUGAUUUCAUAUCAUCGCUGAGAAAUGGAUACAACACGGACUGCGGAGAGAGAGGACUACAACUAUCAGGAGGCCAAAAACAAAGGAUUGCAAUCGCAAGAUCCAUCUUAAGGAAUCCAACAAUACUACUACUCGACGAAGCCACAAGCGCUCUUGAUGCCCAAUCCGAGCAAAUAGUGAAGGAAGCUCUUGACAGAAUCAUGGUCGGAAGGACCACCUUAGUAGUGGCUCAUCGCCUCAACACGAUCAAGAAUCUGGAUUCUAUCGCCUUUCUUAGAGAAGGGAAGGUUGUGGAAAGAGGAACUUAUGCCCAACUUAUGAGCAAGAGAGGAGACUUCUUCAAUCUUGCUAGUCUUCAAACGUAAUCUCUUUGUGCAAAUGUUCCUACUGUCUCUAUGUUUAAUGUAGGUACGUACAUCUAUGGUCUAAAUUUAACUGAUUACUUGCGUGUCUCUUGUGUGCAAUGUGCUAUUGAUUUCAGCAUUAAACGAGAACUGACGUCUAUAGAUUUUAUUA